AUGUCUAACAAAGUAAAAACGGGGAUUUUUAUCGCAGGAUUUACAGCUUUUACCCUUGCAGCAUUAUAUCCCGUUGUUGUGUUUCCAAAACUACACCCAGAAGUCUACAGUAAGUCACGGUAUUUUAUAGUAUUGGUAAUGUAAGCUUAGCUUCUUUGUUCCGGAAGUCGAUUAUUUAAUACAGCUUUCACAUUCGUUACCGAGCUUAAAACUUUCCAUCUUUCUUCAAAGAGCCAUAGCUCAUGAGCUUUUGGUACCUUUCUAGCGGUUGACUGAAAAAAAUAUUUGAUAGGAAGGGGAACCCUAGCAGCAUAUUGGCCCUUCGAUAUACUGAGGCCCUCUGACAGGGUUUCGCUUGGCGGGAAUCAGGGAGCCUAGUACACAUACCGCCAGCUACGCAGCUAAUCAGGGCAUUGUUAAUUUUUUUGCUGGGGGCGGCGGGGGAGGAAGGGUGGGUGUGAGGUUGUAACCUAAUCAAUAGAGACUUUACGAUCAUACAACAACAACGUAAUUGAAAAUGUCCCUAAAAUUAGACUUCAGAUCCUUUCAGAACUUUUUUGCAAGAUGGUAAAAUUUAUCUCCUUGCUGUUCCCGUUCUCAAAUAAAAUUACAAUUUGGGCAUUUCAUUUCGUAGUUGUUCAGGGACAGCAAAGAAGUUAACAAAAAGUGUGAUGCAUGUCCAUGUGCAGAGUUUCUUUGGCUUCCUAAACCCAGGGGCAUAGUGUAAGGUUUUGAAGGAAUAGGCAUGGAAGGAAAGGUUACCUUAUUAUAGGAAAUUAUUGAUGCACAUUGACAAUGCAAAGAUAAUUUGCGUUACACAAAAUUAAUGCGAAUUUUUUCCAAAAGUCAGGUUUACAUAGUUAUCAAAUUAACGUGAAAUUUUCGAAAACAAUGUGCACUUAACUUUAUUUUAUGUGAAUUUGCUGCAAUACAAACUUCUCAACAUACAUAUCUAAAGGAAAAAACAGCAGCAUUUCCAUGACGAAGAAAGACUGAAGAACUUAGCUAUCCCUUCGGGGAAGUGGAUGAAUGUAAAGACCAGUCAAAAGACAUUUUGAACUCAAUUCUUAAAGAAGAACUGUCAGAUAGUGUCUCAGAGGCUAGAUAGAGGAACUAUGAACAGAUGAGGUUUUGUUAUUGAAAUAUAGGUGCUGUAAAACUACAGUGAUUUAAAAUAAUAUGAUUUGAGUUAUCAUUGACAUAAAUUAAGAAGCAUUAUAUUUAUGCAAUUUUUUUAAAAUCAUGUUAAUAAAGUGCAUCGUUAAUUUCCUAUAAUGAGGUAAACCCCCAAUGGUACUGCUAACUAGGGGGGUGUGGGGGCAUGUUCCCCCCAGAAAAAUUUCAAAUUUAGGGGCUCAGAAAUUACCAUUUCCUGCGUUUUCUACAGGAGUUUUUAAGUACAUAAAUAUGCGGAAAAGGCAAUAUUUCAUUGUUUAUUUUACAUCUCUAGUGUUAUCAGUAAGGUGAAAUGUUUACAGAAAAAAGGGCAAAACAGUGAUACCCUCAAGAAGGUUACAAGCAGAGGGCAAGACAUCUGCCCUUCAGACAGGAAAAUGCACCAAAAUAAUGCUAAAGAUUUAUCAAUCGUCCUGAUCUAGUGAUAAAGAUGCUUUUAGGAAAUAAGAGAAAAAAUUCUAUUGUAUUGACCCUAACAUGGCUGCCUUAAUCAUGUGGUUGCAAACCAAGAAUAGUCAAGUUUAGCCACCCUUUUAAUUUGCAAUUUCAUUGAGAAUUAAUAUGCUAUUCAUUUUUAAAGUCAGUUGCUCAAAACAUCUUUAACAUGCAGUGUAGGGCUAGAAAACAAUAUUAUUGUUGUAUAAUCAGCCCAAUGCACAAAAACCACACGGUCUUGAUAUUUUAAUUUGUUAUUUGUCAAUAACAAUCUAGUAAUAAUAUAGUGAUCAGCGAUCUGUCGUAUUAUUAUCAGCCCAAAAAGUUACAACAAGUUAAAACCAUCUUAUAUAAGAUCUUAGUUAACUUGAUGAUGAUUCAUGUGGACAAGAAAUUAAAUAAAUCUUACAUAGCUUACGUAAGUCUUGCCAUCUUUAAGUCCAACCAGCUGGUUCAACCUGUUGAGUUCCAAAAAUGGAGUUACAGGCCAUUAAGUGGAUUUUGCCAUCUUUGAAAACACUGAAUAAAUAGCAAAAAAGCUUUCCCUUAGUUUUAGACCAAUAAUUAAACCCAGUCUUCGAAUCUGCCAAAUAAUUCUUACCCAAAGGCAAACUUUAGACUGCCCAAAUCUGGCAUUCUAUCUCAAACCUCAAACAGGGCGUUCUGGUGUUGUUAGCCUGACAUAGUGAACGUAACCAUAUGCGCAGUAUAUAUAUACCGGCUAGAGUGACUUCUGGCUGGUAUUCCAGACUUUCAGAAUGUCUGAUGCUCAAAAUAUUUAGUAAUUUCCUAAUUGCCUUGAUCCCAAUUUUCUUGCAGCUGUCAUCUGCUAAUCCUGCACUACACGGGCAUUGAAACCUUUACUUCUAGUUGACUACUAAGUAAUGUUUGAGUUAAAGAAGAGCUAAACUUGAAUUUAAAUCUUUUGCAGAGGAAAUUCAGAAGGAAACAAGGAAAGAUAUUAAACAGGAAGAUAUACAGCCAGGAAGUGAGUGUCUUAGAUUUCAAUGGGACAUUCUUAGGGUUCUCAGUGUCUAUACCAUGAAACUGAACCAAACUUUAAAUACCGCGUUCAACACUGCUAAGUUUAUAGUGUUGUCCAAAAAAGGAAAAAAAAUGUGUGCACUGCACAGAGUCUCUCCCACCUUGUCCAUCAUAGUAUUGAUAAGUUUCAGGUUUAUUCGGUAACUUAUUUUGCUGAUUGAAUUUCAGAUAUGAAGGUCUGGUCAGAUCCAUUUUCCAGAAAGUAA